CUGCAAUCUCCACACCCUCUUCUCCGCAAAGACACCCAGCUGCAGGCACCGCGUUGCGGCCCGUGCACAUUCAACGUCCAACUUGCAAGUCCUCAAGCCUCAGUCAGGCACUUUGGCUGGCCCCUUAUCGGUAUCGCCUAUCUAUCGCCAGUUCAACGUCGCGUCCAGGCGCCGCGCCACCACUCUGCGUCAGAGCCACGAGCCACAACUAAACCUCGCGAGGGCCUAGACCGCGGUUUGCUUCGACCCACGAACCCUUGUCAUCGCGUGUGAAUGGAGAAAGGACGCCCAUCCUCAUAGCCGUUCGAUGGCUCCUCCCUCGGGACUGCAGUUCUCUUCAAAGGCCUCCGACUACGAUGGCAAUAUUGAGCGACUGCCGCCUCUGGCGCGCUCCAUAACCGCCCCGACCGGCUUCCAACACCCAGCAGCAGCAUCAUCAUUGCACCACGGUCGCCCCGACCCGUCACAUCUUGCCCCAGAGGAUGCCUUCCACGCUGCCUCGCCGCCUCGACGGCUGAAUGCGUUCGAGCCGCCAGGAAGCCGGGACCACAUUCCACGCCAUCUGUAUCGCAAAGAAGGAGGCAGUAGGAGUCGCAGUCGGCGGCGGAGGAAGAGGCCCUGGAAGAAACUACUGUGGGUAAAGCAGUCAUAUCCGGACAAUUAUACCGACCAGGGGACCUUCCUCGAGAACCUCCAGCGCAAUCCCCGGCUGAAGCCUUACGACUUCUGGCCCCUGGUAGCAGACUCCACCGUCAUUGUUCAACAUGUCUGCACGGUAUGCAUAUUUGUGGUCUGCUUCGUGGGCAUCCACCAGGGUCGACUGAGCCCAGUUGCCGUGGUCGGCUGGGGCUCCAUCGCGACCUCUGUUGGCUGGUUUCUGUGGGACUGGUGGGUUGGGAAAGAGGGCGAGAACGAUGAUAUCGAGAGCCUCCACAGGACAAGAAGUAUCGGCCCCAGACACUACCGCCGUUCUUCGCGACCCCAAGAUGACAAGAGAAACUCGGUCGGGGGCAGUGGCAGCGGAAGUGGCAGCGGAGGACAUGGGGAAGAUGGCGUCGCCGCCCCGCAGACCGUGUCCGGCGCAGCGAGCAGCAGCGCGUCGACGCUGCCGUCGGCUGAAAGCUCAACCUCAAACCUGCUCAUGCCCCCUGGUCAGGCACUUGUGCCCAGCACCGGCGCCAGUGCAAACGGUAGCGCCACGAACCUCCUGUCUAGGCCUUACUCUACUUCGGCGAGCUCUUUGCUAUCCGCAACAUCCCAGACGAGCACUUCUGGCACGACCACGAACCAGUUGCGGUCCCGCCGGACAUCUUCGCCCACUAACCCUGCCAGUCCACAGCUCAAACACCGGCCGUCAUCUCCGCUACGAGGCGGCCGUGCUCACCUGCGCAUGAAUACUAUCAAGUCCGCAAUCCUCAUCUACUUCACCCUCCUCGGCCUAUCCCCAAUCCUCAAGUCCCUGACCCAAUCAACGUCGUCCGACAGCAUCUGGGCCAUGUCUUUCUGGCUGCUCGCCAUCAACAUCUUUUUCUUCGACUACUCGGGUGCGUGGGUUGGCGUCAAUAAGUUCCCAGUCGCGUCUUUGUCAACCAACGCCGCCCUGAUGGCCUCCACCGUGCUGGCCAGCCGUCUGCCGUCGACAGGUCAAGUUUUUAGCCUGACGCUGUUCAGCAUCGAGGUCUUCGGGCUGUUCCCCGUCUUCAGGCGCUACGCACGCCACCGUAGCUGGCGGUACCAUGUGAUCCUGACGGUGCUGCUGGUUCUCGGUGCCGGCGGCGGCGUAGGCAUGAUCCUCGGAGCCGCCGACUGUGACAUACCUCAUGGCUGCGGGGAUGCGCCGUGGCCCUGGGCGAGCGGCCUCCUGGGCAUGUUAGUCGGCUGCGUCAUCGCCGCCGUCGCCAUGGGCGGGUGUAGUUGGUGGCUCAUCGGGCUGCAGAAAUACAAAAAUGAGAUUUAUGGCCCUUGGGACCCUGCGCGACCGAUCAUUAUCAGCCGGAGGCACUGGGAUGAUGAUUGAUAGCACAAAAAGUUUACUUUAAUAUCUAUGGUUUCAAUGAAAAUCUCUUAUGCUUCAAGGCCUUAUGUUCUAUGGCUUCCGGCAACCGUGGCCAGGUUUCAGUGACGAGUAGGGCACGUAAAGGUUGAUAAGUGAAUGCUGAGCCAUCACAGAGCUAGUUCUCGAAAACACGUUGCCACAGUUGGCUGGACCACAUCUGAUCUACCAACAGGUCCUUCCACCGCCGAUGGCGGGCCAGUUCGAGAACUUCUAGGUCGGGAAACAGCCAUGGAAUAUACGAACCUCAAGUGUAAGUUCGCUGCCCUAUCCCGAGUGCAGGCCUGAGAAGCACUUGAACCAUCCGCGCAUGAGAGGGAACUG